AACGUCCCCUGCCAAACGUGUUUGUUGUGUGUUAUGCUUUCUAUGCUACUCGGGUGAUUAUCUGCAGAAAAUAUCAUAAAACAGGAAUUUUUCUGUUUUAUUUUUUCAUCAGUGCUCUGUAGCUAUAUCACGAACUAACAAGCGACAGACAAAACUUUGAAGAAAUUUUUGAAAGAAAGAAAAUGGCUACUCCUGUCGGAUACGGUCAUCUGCUAGAAUGCCCAUAUAACAAAUCGCACAGAGUGCAGGCGACAGCCAUGGCAAGGCAUCUGUUCAAGUGCCGUAAGAUGUACCCAGACACACAGUUUGUCACCUGUCCGUUCAAUCAUGCUCAUAAAAUUGCUGAGCCCGAGCUAAAGAUGCACACUGCCACCUGUGAGGAUCGGGCAAAUUUUGAUAUGUACAAAUACUGCAUAACCACGGCUGCAGCCACCCAAGCCGGUGAACCUCAGGAACCAGAACUCAUAUAUAAUAACGAGGACCCGAUUGCACCCAAGAAAAUCCAAGAUGACGAUGACGAAUGUUGGGAUGAUUUACGCAUUCCCGCGUACAACCCUCAGGAAUACUGCGCUACGGCAAAAAUUAUUCGCAAAGCUACACUAAAGACUCCUGCGGAAAAACGGGUCUUCUAUGAACAGGAAACCCAGCGACAUAAGGAACUGGAUGUCAAAAUCAAGCAGGAAAUUGAAGAUAACGAAAGUAGUAGCUCGCGGUCCCGUUCAAAAUCACGAUCAACAUCACGUUCGCGUCGUUUCAGAACUAAGCGAUCUCGAUCUCGUCGUAGAUCUCCGUUUUCCACUCGUUCCAGACGGUCUCGAUCGAAUUCUAGGAAAUCUCUGUCGCCGAGUCCUGAACGCAAACACAGACGCACCCGUUCUCGUUCGGUAGAACGGCGCACCAUUCGUAGACGCUCCCCUUCGCCUGAUUACAGACGGCAGCGAAUGGCACUUGAUCGGUACGAACGGGAUUAUUGCACACGGCAGUACGAUCGGUCCGAAUAUCAUCACUAUCCUUCCCGGUACGACAGUUAUUCACGGCCUUACGAGUACGACCGCUAUCCACCACGCUACGACCAAUACGACCGGUACACGUUAGCCAACAGCUACGAAAGAGAACGACGAUUCGGUCGACGUGAUUCACGAGAUCUCGAAGACGAGGAGCACAUCUACCGACGCGAUUUCAGAGAUUGAACUUGUCAUGGAAUCUACAUUAAAACUGUUCAUUUUUUUUUAGUGUUACAUUAAUUAUUAUUAUGAAUGUAUUCUUUUAGAGUAACUUCUCUGUUUAAUGAGUGAAAAUUCAAGAUCAUGAUAAACGAUUAUAGCUCAGAUGGAAUCUAGCAGUUUACAACUAUUCCUCAAAUAAAGU